UGCGCAACGACAUUGCCGUUUGAUCGUAUGAUCGUAAUGUUGCAACUCGUGGGGGUUCUGGUUUUUCUCGCCAUUAGUGGUAUCAACAGUGAAGUACCACAAAAUGAUGAAAAUGUCAAUAAUUAUCCAUGGAUGGCAUCCAUUACAACGCACGGUAAACACGUUUGCAGUGGAGUUAUAAUUGAUGAGUAUCAUAUCAUCACGUCGGAUCGAUGUGUUCCAUCUAUGAAACAUACCUGGAAUAUUAUGAAUAAUAUUGGCGCAGUUGUGGGAAGAAACUCCCUUAAAGUUGACGGUUUUCAUAUUUUUGUCAGAGAGACAUUCUCUCAAAAUCAUUAUAUCAACCCAACUAAGAAUCCCACCACGACCGGUCUUGGUAUUCUGAAGGUUGCAAUGCCAAUUCCGUUUGGAGAUACAAUACAACCGAUUGAAUUGUCUUCGACUAAAGUACCACCUGGUGCAAAACUGCAAAUGGUUGGAUGGAAGGUUCAAGAUAACGAAGGGAAGGAGGCGACAGAUCUUAAAGCAGUAACAUUAAAAACGAUAAAUCAUCAGGAAUGCCAGCCAUUACAUGAGAAGAAUCUUACUGAUAAUGAGUUUUGCACUGUGCCAGAAUCAUCCACAGGUGACAAUUGCAAGGGUGAUAGUGGCAACGCUGUGAUUUAUGAAGGCAAACUUGUUGGUUUGACUACUUUCGGAAUUUCGUGCGCAAAUCCCCAGAUACCGGAUGUCCACACUAGUAUAAGUGAAAUGCAUGAAUAUAUUAACAAGGUCUUAGCAGUAUAA